AUGACGACAACUCUCCAGUGGCUCACCAGCAGUGUUGCCAAAGUGCGGAGAAACGACCAAAAGACGCCUGGCGGGCCGUCCCCCCGCCGUCCCGGCGUGCCAAAAAGACCCGCUGGCGGGCCGUCCCGCAAGCCCGUCCCGGGACGCCUGGGCGGGGGUUCCUCGCCCAUCCGUCCCGGGACGCAGGCGGGCGUCCGCCCACCCGUCCCGGACGCCUGGCGGGGACACCUGGCGGGCCGUCGCUUUCCCCGCCCGUCCCCGGGACGGCCUGACCUGGGCCGCGCCCGCCCGUCCGGGACGCCUGCGGGCCGUCCGCCCGCCCCCGUCCCGGGACGCCCAGGCCGGGCCGUCGCCCGCCGUCCCGACGCCUGGCGGGCCGUCGCCCGCCCUACCGGGACGCCGCGCCCCGUGCGGGCCGUCCCGCCCGUCCCGGGACGCCUGGGGGCCGUGCCUCGCCCGCCAGUCCCGGGACGCCGGCGGGCCUGCGCCCGCCCGUCCCGGGACGCCUGCGGGCCGUCGCCAUGCCCCAGGGUACGCCUGGCGGGCCGUCGCCCGCCCGUCCCGGGACGCCUGGCGGGCCGUCGCCCCGCCCGUCCCGGGACGCCUGGCGGGCCGUUCGCCCGCCAGUCCCGGACGCCAGUCCGUCGCUCGUCCCGGGACGCCAGGCGGGCCGUCGCCCGCCCGUCCCGGGUCGGGACGCCCAGGCGGGCCGUCGACCGCCCGUCGCCACUCGCCCCGGGCGUCCCGCCCGUCCCGGGACGCCUGGCGGGCCGUCCCGUGGGGCCCGCCAGGCUACCCGUCGGGCCCGCGCCGUACCGCCCCCCGGCCGUCCCGGGACGCCAGGCGGGCCGUCGCCCGCCCGUCCCGGGACGCCAGGCGGGCCGUCGCCCGCGGGCCCGUCGCCCGCCCGUCCCGGACGCCAGGCGGGCCGUCGCCCACGCCCGUGACGCAGGCGCGACUCGCGACCCGUCGCCCCUGGCGGGCCGUCGCGCCCGCCGUCCCGGGACGCCUGGCGCCCCGCCGUCGGGCCCGCCAGGUCCCGGGACGACGCCGGCGCCCGCCCGUCCCGCGGACGCCUGGCGGGCCGUCGCCCGCCCGUCCCGGGGAGCCUGGGCGGGCCGUCGCCCCGCCCGUCCCGGGAAGCCCCUGGCGGGACCGCCGCCCGCCCGUCCCGGGACGCCUGGCGGGCCGUCGCCCGCCAGUCCCGGGCCCGACCUGGCGGGCCGUCGCCCCGCCCGUCACGGGACGCAGGGCGGGCCGUCGGCCCGCCCGUUCCCGGGACGCCUGGCGGGCCGUCGCCCGCCCGUCCCGGGACGCCUGGCGGGCCCUGCUCCUUCAUUUUCCACUUCUCCUUCUCCACGCAUCUCUAAUUCCCAGCAGCUUCUUCACCUGGCAAACCAAAUUCUCCUUCGCUCCUCGCACCUCUCCAACCUCAUCUUCCAACUGGUCGUUCCGUUCGCCCUGAACACCGCUCUUCCUAUCCAGCCACUUGAAGCCAUGAUUUGCCUUCCUCUAGGAGGCACCUCAGCUCCUUUCUCUUCAGUUUUGCAACCUCAACUUCACAAUGGAGGUCCACACCUUUCCUUCCUAAGGUCUUCCACUUUCUUCUGCAGGAGCUCGAACCUGACCUCGGCGUCUUUCCUGUCCGAUUAG